AUGGAGGAAUGGGCAAUUCAGGUUGAAUAUGAAGCAAGACACAGGAUGCCUGGUUCAACUUCAAGAGAGCUGGACCUCCGUAGGCGACUAUGCAUCUACAGAGUACCAGCCUUCAUUGCAGAUCAAAACUACAAAGCCUACAGACUGCAAACAGUGUCAUUCGGCCCUUACCAAUGGAGUAUCACAAGAGACAGGACACAAACAACUCUAAAAACCAUUGUCGAUUCCUUCGCCCAAGUGGAAGAAGGGUUGAAAAAUUCAUAUGAUUCACUUGAUUCUAAGUGGCAGAGUGGAAAAGAUGGGUUCUUGGAGCGGAUGAUUAUUGAUGGCUGUUUCAUGCUGGAAAAUUUCCGGGCCCUUGACACUCCGGACUAUUAUGACGCCAAGGAUCCUACUUUCGGCAAUCACGGGAAGCUCUAUUUCUGGCCGUUUAUCAGACGGGAAAUGUUGCUGCUUGAAAAUCAACUGCCCAUGCUUGUUCUUGAAAUGCUUCUAGAAAUCACCGGGAGAUUCGACGAUGCCACGAUAAAUCCUUUUUUUUUUUUUCCAGCCUUUCAGUAA